AUGGCUAGUAUUGGCAUGGUGGAGGCUGGCCCUCAGACAACUAAUCACACCCUUCUUCCUGCGACCGCGACCUCACACCCACUGGUAGCUAAACCCGCCGACGACGAUGAAUCAGACUGGGAGUAUGAGUACUCCACCACCGAGACAGAGACCUUCUACGUGACCUUGGACCUUUCCAAAUCAGACUUCAAAGCUCCGGAUACUAGCAAGAUCCAUUGUGGCCGUGGUGAAUGGGAAGGUGCCAAAAACGCUGAGCCCUUCUUAAACAAGCGGAAGAGCGCCGAUCAGAGUGCUAGCAACAGCGCUGCCAGUAGUGCUGUCAACUCUGAUGCCGAGCAAGACGAUGACGACGAGCAGCAAGGAGAAGCCCGACUUGGCAAGGGAACGCAAUCUUCAGGACCCGAGGUUUCGGCAGAGAAGGGCGAGGAUGCGCACAAAGUCCAAAUUCUGGAUCUUCAUACCACCAACCCCAUCGUCUCCUACAAGGGUCGGGUGUAUGCCGGUCAAUGGAGCGAGAACGUGACCACUGAACUCCUCAUGACCCGACAUGACGACAACGAACCCUUUCCAGUGCUUCGACACCUGGAUAACGAUGUCGACCUACUUGCCGCAAGCUGCGCGCGCGUUACCGUCAGGGAACAGCAACUAAAGCCCAAGGACGACUUGCGUGGCCACCAAGGAGGCUUCGAUGACGAUAACAUUCCUUCGAGAGACAUCGUACCAGUACCUGACAAGGGAGCUAACAAAGAACGACUCGGUCAGGGCGUUUUCCUCGCCAACUUGAUGGCACUGAAGAAACGCAAAGGCGAGACAGACGAGGUUACGUUGCUUGCUAAGCAUGCGGACAAGCGCACUGCUCGUACCAAAGUGGGAAGCUACCGGCGAACUGGUGGCCGUCGGGGACGCAGAGGCCGCCCGAGGGUAGCUGGUCGUGGCAGAACGCGAGGAGCUCCCCUUCAUCUGUUGCGAGAAGCUUCGCUGGGUGCCGAAUCAGCUGCCUCGUCGGGUGCGCCUUCACAGGUGGCAAGCGAGUCCGUCUCAACGCCAACUCCCUCGCAAUGGAGCGAGCUUGCUGAUGACGAUGAAGAGAACAAUGCACCAAGGCCGCUACACGAUUUGAUGGAAGAGGAUGAGGACGGGGUGGAAGAUGAAGACGUCCUAGGAUCUGGAUCCGAAGAUCACAUGUCCGAGGAUGAUCAAGGAGAAGAUCGCGAGGAUAUUGCGGAGAUGGAUAUAGAUGAGGACUAA